GGUCAGGGCUCGAUGUGGCUUCGUCGCGGGGGAGAUUUGUCGCCGGUGCGUUUCCACGUUCGAUACGCGACGCGAGUGAUUCAUGAAUCAAAAUCGAAGCGAGAGCGCGCGGUGAUCAUAUCGAUCGAUCGCUCGAUCGUUCACUCGAUCGUGCUUCGCGAGUGCCGAUCGAUGACCCCGAAAGUUACGAUCCGCGGUACAUUUUUUUCGCCGGUAUUUAAACGUCACUGCCCGAAAUUAGUCGGACGCGAGUGAAUUAGCACGCUUGACAGUUGUCACGUUUUUUUCUUUUCAUGCUACUUUUGAGAUCUUCGAUCUUCACGUAAAGCCGUCUCGCAUCUCUUACGCACGUGCUCGUUUGGUGCAUUGUUGCAAGGCUGAACAGAGAGAAGAGCAAGUGCGAAAAAUUGGAGUCCUUCAACUAACAAUAAAUACUACAGAUCUGGUGGCUUUGUUAGCACUGUGUCUGAUUAACCGGCACUGUUAACCGGAACCUAUUCGUACUUGAUACGCCAGUAUCGAUACAUCGUGAUUAACUUCGCAGUUUCAUACGCACGCGGGUGACCGUUCGAUAUUUGGCUGCGGCCGAGGUUAACGUGUCGGAACAUAAGGGUGAAAUAUAGUGGCGGAAAGUACAAUCAGUGGUGUGGCAAAACGACGAUUUGUUCUACGCCGGUGUUUCCGAAAUUUCCGACAUUCGCGUCAGGUCGAUAUAUAGUCAGCAAGACGAAGAGCUUCGUGUUUUACCAGAAGAAAGAUUUAGUUUUUAAAUAAACAAUUUUAUUUUACUCGGCCACACCCGCGUAUUAUAAUUUAGGGGAAAAAUCGAAAAUACUUUUAUUCUCAAAGUUUGUUUUUUUCGCCCCGAAUCAUUUUAUUUUUUAAACAAUAUAUCGCAUGUAUUGCUUGAUUGGAUGUUGCGGAGGAGAAAAAUAUACGGUCACGUCCGAAACGAGCGCAGCGUAAAUCCUCCAAGUGUUUUGAAAAUUUAUCAGACUCGCGCAACCUAGUUGCGCCGGGACAUAUAUCGUGCUGAAGUUUCGACAGCCAGAAUUUCGAGACAAGUCGAAUCCACUUUGCAAGUUCAGUCGAGACCCAACGGAUAUUUUAUUCCAUUCCGCAGAGAUUUACCACGCGAUCGAACGUAUUAGUGGGUCGCGACAGGACCUCGAGACAGAAACAUUCAGAAUUCAAAUAAAAAUUCCAAAAAAAAACCUUUUUAAUUGGAGCUGCAAGCCACCUUCUACAGACAAUAAAACUACAAUUGCCACUCAGAGAAAAGCUGUCAGAAGCAUCGCUCCGGUACGAAUUCGUUUAUUCAGCAAAUCCUACAAUCAUCCACUCGUUCAACACCCGAAAAAUUUUACGGCAGCGACAAAUUUCCCUAACAGAGUAACGCAUCGGUUAUAGUAUAAGAAACAAGGCAAUCGAAUGAAGCCUCAAUUUUAAGAAUUGCAUCCGAUCUGGAAAAAUUUACCGGAGAGAUCAAUUGAACGGAUCCAAAGUUGCUUCAACCGAGAAAGAUCCUCACGCGAUAAGCUAAAGAUUGUGGUGUAAGAUGGAGAAACACACUGAAUGGUCAUAACAUACGUCGUUAGAGGUGUCCCGUGUCUUGUUCCUGGGAGGCCUGAAAGACAAAUAGUCGCUGUCUCGUUAAAUGACGACAGGUACGUGAGCGACAAGACAGAUAGGGGACGACGGCUCGUAUCGGUUCGCGGCGACGGCAGUAGCAACAACGACGAGGACGACGACGAGAAGGAAGACGAAGAACGGCGGACAAUGUGGAAGGCGGCGCAAUGCAGCAGCAGCAGCAGCAACAGCAGCAGCAACAGCAAGGACAACGAGAGCGGCAGCAGCAACGUUGGGGGUUGCAAUUAGUGCCGGCUCGCUACGGCCGCGAGACUACGUAACGACUGUAGGAGGAGGGAGCGCAGAGUGUUACGUCGACCUUUAGGGGGUCGAGGGUGUGUGCAGUGCGCGUGAAAGGGAGACAAAAUGUGGUGGAGGUGGCGGUGGUGGAGUGUCGUGACGACGACGACGGUGAUGACGCUGGUCUUGGGAGCCGCUACGGCGUACUCGCCAACGGUAGAACUCUCCGAUCUGGAUAAGCCGAUACCGAUUGUUGCCAUUGAUGGUGUAGUCGGAAAGAAGGUGCAGCUUCCUUGCGACAUUCGUUCCGAUAACGACGAAGUCAACAUGGUGCUUUGGUACAAAGGAGGCGGGAAUGAACCGAUUUACAGCUUUGACGCACGCGGUCACCGUCAAUUGAGCAACGGCCGUCUUUGGUCGUCGCCCGCGGCAUUGGGACCAAGAGCUUUUUUUAUCACGGCGUCGAAUCCAGCUCACCUCAGCAUCGACCGGCUGCAGAGCACGGACGAAGGGAUCUAUCGGUGCCGGGUGGACUUCAGAAACUCGCCGACGCGGAAACAAAAGAUGAACUUAACCGUUAUAGUGCCUCCGUCGAAGCCGAUAAUAUUGGACGAGGCGAUGAAGAGUGUCCGGAACAUCGAGGAGCCGUACAACGAGGGGAGCGACGUGAAACUGAUUUGCGAGGUUCGUGGCGGCAAACCGCCCCCGAAGCUGACGUGGUAUCUCGACAACACCGUGAUAGACGAGUCCUAUCACUACAACGCCGAGAACGGGAUCACGGUUAACCACUUGGCGUAUCCGAAAAUUGGGCGACAGCACCUCAAGGCAAGGCUGAUCUGUCAGGCCAGCAACACGAACUUGGUGGAACCGCAAACCAAGCUGCUCGUCCUCGACGUGAAUCUAAAACCAUUGGUAGUUCAAAUCUUGACGAAGGAAACGCGAGUUUCAGCCGACAAAAAUUAUGACGUGGAAUGUCGUACGAGCGGUUCACGGCCAGAAGCAGUGAUCACAUGGUGGAAAGCAAACAAGUCGAUCAAGAAGAUGGCUCAAACCUAUUCGCUCGAGAACAAUCAAAGUUUGAGUAUCCUCAGCUUCGUGCCAACAAUAGAAGACGAUGGCAAAUACUUGACGUGCCGCGCGGAAAAUCCCGCUAUUCCUGACAGCGCGCUGGAGGAUAAGUGGCGACUCGACGUACAAUAUCAGCCCGUGGUCAAUCUAAGGAUGGGCGAAACCCUGAAUCCGGACGACAUCAAAGAGGGAGACGACGUGUACUUUGAGUGUAUAGUACGGGCAAAUCCAAAGGUGUACAAGCUCGCCUGGUUCAAGGACGGUAAAGAAUUGAAGAAUAAUUCUACGGCGGGUGUAGUACUCAGCGAUCACUCCCUGGUCCUUCAAGGAUUGACGCGUUAUUCCGCCGGCGAUUACACCUGUCUCGCGGCAAACAGCGAGGGAAAGACCGCGAGUAAUCCGGUGUCUCUUCAGAUAAUGUAUGCGCCAGUGUGCAAGGAGGGCAAGAGCGAGGUGGUAGUAGGCGCUUUGAAACAGGAAACCGUGUCGUUAGUCUGCUCCGUCGAGAGCCAUCCGGCGCCGGUUACUUUCCAUUGGACAUUCAAUAAUUCCGGCGAGCUUGUCGAGGUACCGCACUCGCGUUAUUCUCACGUAUCGGUGCCCGGGACGCCAUCCGUCGCGGACAACCUGAAAGAGUACCAACAGUUUCACGGGUCCAGACUAAACUACACACCAGCCACGGAAAUGGAUUACGGUACGGUGGCAUGCUGGGCGAGCAACCAGGUUGGCAAGCAACGAACGCCCUGCCUCUUUCAGGUUAUAGCCGCGGGUCGUCCGUACGCUCUUCACAAUUGCAGUGCCACGGAGAUGUCGGCGCCCCUGGAUAUGGAGGAACUUGGCACGAAAUCGGGAACAGGACUGGUAGUCCGAUGCCUGGAGGGCUACGACGGCGGUCUUCCUAUAAACAGUUAUCAGCUCGAGGUCGUGGCUGAGGAUGAGGACGAAGGUCCGAUUUUGCUAAAUAAAACCGUGCCGGCGGGUCCCAACGGGCCGACUUUCGAAGUCGCGGGAUUGACGACAGGCAGAAGCUAUCGACUUUUUCUCUACGCGAUUAAUGCGAAAGGAAGGAGCGAACCCACCAUUCUCGAGCCGGUAACCUUGAAGGGUGUCGCUAUGUACACGACUGGCAACACCGACGCAUCGAUGCUGAAUCCGUUGUUGCUGGGCUUGGCAGCCAUGGCGACCCUUUUGGCCCUGGCCGUCGCUGGAAUCCUGGCGGCGCUCUACCGGAAGCACUCCACCGGCCGACCCGGAAGUCCAAAGCACGCUCCCAUCGUAUGCGAGCCGCCUAAUGCUGGUGCAACCACCCCGGUGCACCCUCAGACCAAGCAGGCGGUCGAUGACAUCGAUCCGGACAUCAUACCGAACGAGUACGAAAGAAGACCCUUAACGUACACCCCCGUCUAUAAGACACCACCACAACGAAGAAAGAAAGAUCGCGCCACCGAUGAGAAUGCCUCGCCGGAAAAAAGGCCGAUCGUUCAACACGGUCUGGACCUGCCUCCGGAUCCGAUGUUGACCGACUGUCUGCCAACGCCCACCCUAAAUUACCCGCAAAAUCAUGUGCCUCAGCAAAGCACUUACAAUCAUCCGCCCACGAUGGCUGAUUUCAAACAGAUGGCCAUGGACGCCUACAAUCAGCGUAACCAUCAAAACGUAUAUUAUAGCCUUCAAAGGACGAGCAAAGGGCUUUCGAUGCCACAGAGGCCCGUUUCAUCGUCGGUCUCCGCGCAAGGCAAAUUCCAUCAACCGGAAGUAGUGACACGCUCGAAUCGGAUACAAGAGAGCUGUAUAUAAGUUCGGAGGGAUUCCUCCCUUGCGGGAGAUCUCGACCUCGUGAGCUUCUAAGACGCCGCCGGCGAUUAUAUUUACACGCGUAAAUGUAAACGAAUACCGGCGGAGAGAGCAGCGUUAUGGGGAUCCAACCCUUCCCUCCCCAAGUGGAUCCACGAGACGCGAAUGCAAAGUCUAUCUCCCUCCUUUCCCCAUAGUUGGUACGCGAGUUACAAACUCUACUCCGCGAAAUACACUUAACGUUUAUCAAACAAAACAAGUAGAGAGAAACUGAUGCGAAGCGCGUUCCGGAUCGUAUUGACCGGAAAUGCGAUCUCCUCUCGAGAUUACGUUAUAUCGAUGCCGGACGGCAACAUCUCAUAAUUUUACCGAGAGAAAAAGAAAACGGGAUAAACAAAAUUAGCGAGAUAGAGGAAGAGAGUUAACCCAUACAUGUCCAGAAUUAUUUCUUUACUGCCAUUAUACUGAGGUAUAAACGGUAUAUCGUAACGUACAAAGAGUCUAACCCCUAAGUAGUUAAUGUCAAUAACAAGAGAAACGAGAGACGAGGCUGGAUUAAAGUGAGCUGAGAGAAAAUUUCACAACGGCGUUUUUUAUACUUUAUUCAUACUUCCGGGUUCCGAGUCGCGCACAAAACAGCAUCCUUUUAUAUGUAUAGUUCAAAUACUAAUUCUUUUGGAACUUUUACAAGCUACUUUCAACUUUGUCCCCACUUAACAGUUUUAUAAGAUAGUACGGUUAAGGAGAGGUUCCCCACGAUCAAAGCUCAUUCUCCAGUCUUGCUCUCGAAAUACUAACAAUAUUAAUGUGAUCGUAUUCGAAGCUCAUCACUGCUCAUGUUUUCUUACGCAAAAUUUUUAUAUAACGACCCAAAGAAAGACAUAUUCGUUCGAAAGACUUCGCCGAAAAAAAAAAAAACUCGAAAAAAUCCUCUCUUAAGGAGCGACGUCUUCGUUCCAGAUCACUGACGCGGUACAUGGACGUGAGUUUUACUGUUUAUAUGAAACUAGUUUUUGUACAAAGAUCUCUAUUGUAAAUAGACACGAGCCUGGCCCUAGAGUUAUAUAGUCACUAAUGUCCGAAUUUCAAUCCGUUACACGUUAAGCCGAGAAAUGUCCGAUCGCGUAAGAUAAAACUCGAUGGCAUGCGAAUACGAAUAAAGAGAAUACGUUUCAUCUGUUUUACACAAA